UUUGUUUGCACAUAACCUCAAUAAGCGGUUUUGAACGUUUUUUUACAAAAUACCGUAAAAAAUGGCUUCAGGCUUGGAUGCUUUCGUAAACCAUACCGUUUCCAUUAUUACUUCUGAUGGUAGGAAUUUUAUAGGUACUCUGAAAGGUUUCGACCAGACUAUAAACAUCAUAAUAGAUGAAUCGCAUGAAAGGGUUUAUUCUACAACAACGGGCAUUGAACAGGUUAUGCUGGGGCUUCAUAUUAUUAGGGGAGACAAUGUAGCAAUAAUUGGGUUGAUUGAUGAAGAUGUUGACAAUAGGUUGAACUUGGCAAAUAUUAAAGCUGAACCACUGAAUGCUGUAGUUCACUAACAAAUAAAUAGUUUUAAGUACAAAG